AGGGUAAACAUUCGACAGUCCCUUCUCUGUGAGGGAGGGACACAGGGAGACCUGUCAGCGCGCGGCGGCAGCUACCAGCAGCGUUACAAAGUGAGCGGGCGGGCGGCGCAAGGAGAGCUUGAACUGGCAAGCUGCAUACAGAUCGACAAGGAAAAGCACACUACCCAUGUUUUGCAGCUUGUUUUGUUGUGGUUUUAGAUUUAUUGUUUUAUGGAAUUUAGUAUAUACCUAAAACCUCCUGGACCCAACACACGGACUAAAGGUCAUAAAACUAUCUGAAACUUAAUUCAUUUUCGAAACUUAUAAAGGUCUCUGAUUUUCUAAAUUCCCAAACAAGUAAGACGCCGUUUCUUGUAAAGACCUUGGUCGCUCGGCUGAGCAGCAACUCAUUGCACACUCAGAAGUUUUUCAGCAUACAAGCAUAAAGUUUAUGCUAGCAAGAAAAAAAAGCGUUUCACCGAAAAGUUAACUAGCUUUGGAAAGGAACGGGCAUCUACUUAUGAAGACUUAACUCUUAAAUAUCAAAAAAAUAUAUACUUCUAGGGAUAUGAGCGUGUGGCGUAAAAGCAAGAAGCAAACUCACAUGGCAAACUAAAUCCUACAAAAAUUGCAAAAUAGCUUAAAAAAGAAAUACAAGACAACUUCGAAAGGCAGCUGGCUACUUAAAGACAGUUGCAAACUGAGAUCUGAACAGGCGGUGGGAGGCGUGCACGAAGAAGGGCAGAAGGAAUGGCCACCGCUGCUUCCAACCCCUACCUGGCUAGCAACAGCAUCCUUUCGUCGGGCUCCUUAGUGCACUCUGACUCAGGAGGUGGUGGCAUGGUGCCGAGCAGCGCAGCAGUCACUUCUGUCUCUGCUGUGUAUAGAGGCGAUCCGACUGUUAAGAUGGUCCAAAGCGACUUUAUGCAGGGAGCAAUGGCAGCGAGCAACGGCGGCCAUAUGUUGAGCCAUGCCCACCAGUGGGUCACAGCCCUUCCCCAUGCUGCUGCAGCGGCUGCGGCGGCUGCAGCAGCAGCUGCAGAAGCUGGAUCGCCUUGGUCAUCAAGUCCAGUUGGUAUGACAGGGAGCCCGCAACACCAGCAACAGCAGCAGCAGGAUAUUAAAGUUAAUGGGGGAAGGGAAGACCUGCACAACAGCACAGCUCUGCAUCACAGGCCUCCGCAUCUGGGUCCUCAUCAGAAUCAUCCAGGAGCCUGGGGCACUACGACCGCAUCUCAUAUCCAGUCAAUGUCUGGCGGACAGCAACAACAAUCAUUACUUUAUUCUCAGCCAGGUGGAUUCACGGUAAACGGGAUGCUGAGUCCUCCUGGAAGCCAGGGUUUAGUUCAUCCGGGACUAGUCAGAGGGGAUACACCAGACCUUGAUCACAAUAGCCACCAUCAUCAUCAUCACCAACAUCAACCGCACCAUCAGCAGCAGCAUCACGGAGGUGUAAAUAGUCACGAUCCCCAUUCCGACGAAGAUACACCAACGUCUGACGACCUAGAGCAGUUUGCAAAACAGUUCAAGCAGAGACGCAUCAAACUAGGCUUUACUCAGGCAGAUGUUGGCUUAGCAUUGGGUACCCUAUAUGGGAAUGUUUUCUCCCAAACCACAAUAUGCAGGUUUGAAGCACUCCAGCUUAGCUUCAAAAACAUGUGCAAGCUGAAGCCACUUCUAAACAAAUGGUUGGAAGAGGCUGAUUCCUCAACUGGGAGCCCCACUAGCAUUGAUAAAAUAGCGGCCCAAGGAAGAAAAAGGAAGAAGCGCACUUCUAUUGAGGUUAGUGUGAAGGGAGCAUUGGAGAGUCAUUUUUUGAAAUGUCCAAAACCUGCAGCACAGGAAAUUUCCAAUUUGGCGGACAGUUUGCAACUGGAAAAAGAAGUAGUCAGGGUUUGGUUUUGCAACCGAAGGCAGAAGGAAAAGAGAAUGACACCCCCAGGGAUACAGCAGCAGACUGCAGACGAUGUAUAUUCCCAGGUAGGCAAUGUGAAUGCAGACACACCGCCUCCUACCAUGGACUGCAGACGAGCGUGCAGUGAGACACGAAGCUCAGUGACAGUAAAAUUACUUACUGACUGGUGAGACUGUGUUUUAUACAUACUGAAAUAAAUGGAUAGAUUAUCCAAGCAGCAGUGGUUGUAUAAUGCGAUGCAAAAGGGAGGAUAUGCUCACUGCAGAUGUAAUGUUGUCUUUGUUCAGUACCUUAUGCGCCGAUCUAGAUUACGCAGUGCUCCCAGCCUAAACUAAAGUUGAAGGUACGGGUUGACCGUGGUAUCACCAAAGGUCACAUGGAGGAAACAUUGGAAGAAGGGACCUUAGCGGUCAUCUAGUGGAAACUGAAGUGUGCCCACUUGCAUUUAAGAACGGUCUUUUCCUUCCAAGUUAUUGUCAUUCUGGUAUUGACAGACGCUAUUUCAGAGUGGAAACGAUAAAUAAAUAUAGCACUAACCCACAAUAAAUAGCGUUUGCAGUUUAUAGAAGUCUCCGCCUUCAGUAAAAAAAAUCAAAAUGCAAAGUCAAGAUGGACUUGUUUUAUAAAUCUAAAUUCUGAAAGCCAGAAGCUACAAUAUAUUUAAAAUGCGAAAAGUGCAAGUCCAAAGAAGUUUAAGCUGUGCGAGAAAUCUGCAUGGAUAAAAGGAACGAAUUAACCAUAUAAGGUCUGUACUUCUGUUAGCUCCCUGUAGACAUGGAAAAACAUGAACGCCAAGACGCAAUAAUAUAUAUCCACGGCCAACUUAAAGGGUUUAUAAUGUCUGAAGACAGAAUGAACAUCUGCAGCUGCACUUAUUGGAAGUCCUUUCCCCCACACCAUUGCCAACUUUUGUUGAAAGGGUGCUGUGGAUGUAAUUAACUAAUACUGCCAUUUCCAAGCAGAAUUUUGGUAGGUUUUAAUAAACUAGACUUUUCAAAAGACGGCAAUAUAAAUGUUUUUAGAUCUGUUGAUGAUCUAAAAUAUUUACUUUAUAUUUUCAUCAAAUGACUUGUUUUAAUAUUUUAUUCAGAACAAUGAACUGCUGAAAGCGGUAAUUUAUUUUCACCAAAUCUUGUAUUAUUAUUAUUUUUUUUAACGAGCACAAAUCAAAACGAGAAGAACAUGUUAAACAUCUGUUUGAUAAUAAGGGUAUCUUUCGAUGUGAUCAGUUGAUUGUAAUUUAAUUUGAGUAGUGAUCCAUAAAGAACUGACCGAAACAAUAAAUGUGUUAGAAUGAA